CCCACCCUGCAUCAGGCCUUCUCCCUCCUCCAGCCUUGCUCCUCGCCACACCCCUCUCUGUACUCUCAGCGUCCAUGGCCCCCAAAAAACCGGAACCCAAGAAGGAGGAGGCCAAGGCAGCUCCCAAGGCAGCUGCAGCUCCAGCCCCUGCGGCGGCCCCCGAGGCGGGUCUCGAGCCCGAGCUUCCCAAGGAACCCGAGUUUGAUGCCUCCAAGAUCAAGAUUGAAUUUACACCCGAGCAGAUUGAAGAGUUCAAGGAGGCCUUCCUGCUGUUUGACCGCACGCCCAAGGGCGAGAUGAAGAUCACGUUCGGGCAAUGUGGGGACGUCCUGCGGGCACUGGGCCAGAACCCCACGCAGGCCGAGGUGCUCCGCGUGCUGGGGAAGCCCAAACAGGAAGACCUCAACACCAAGAUGAUGGACUUCGACACGUUCCUGCCCAUGCUGCAGCACAUCGCCAAGAACAAGGACACUGGCACCUUCGAGGACUUUGUGGAGGGGCUACGGGUCUUCGACAAGGAGGGCAAUGGCACCGUCAUGGGCGCCGAGCUCCGCCAUGUGCUGGCCACCCUGGGUGAGCGGUUGACGGAAGACGAGGUGGAGAAACUCAUGGCUGGACAGGAGGACUCCAACGGCUGCAUCAACUAUGAAGCGUUCGUGAAGCACAUCAUGGCCAGCUAAGGUGCUCCCUCUCAAACUGCGGCCACCUCUGCCACCCUUGUCCUGCUCCCCUGCCCCGUGCCUGCUGCACCCAGCCCUGCCGCCACCGCCCUCUGCACCAGCCGAGCUCCCAGUCGUCCCCUGUUGCCCCUGGAGCCUGUGUCCUCAGGGAGAGGGCUGUGCUGGGGACAGACUACCUCCCACGUGUGAGACUGACACCAGUGGCCAGGGCAAGAGGGGAGCCCCUCUGGACUUCUCUGCUGGCUGCCAUGCUCCCCUAGGACUGCACUGCCUGUGGCUGUACCCCUCCUCCUCACCGCUUCAGCAAUAAACGGCUCCUUCCUUCCUUC